AUGUGGACAACCAGCUGUUUGGCUGAAGAGGGAGAAGGCAACACCGAGGCUGUGAAGUCCUUCAUCUUGGGCUGGCCCACUCAGAACUUUGUGGCCACUUUCAAGAACAUCGAUCUGGAAAAAGUCAAAGAUGACCCAAAGAACAUUCCCUUAAAAAUCUACACUCAAGAUGUUGCCAAUUGUGUCCAUCAAACUCUGGAGGACAGGAAGCAAGAGAAGCUUAUCUUAGCUACAGUAUUUGACAUUUACACUCGGAAGGAACACCGCCUGUCAGAGGUCUCUUUAGUUUCUGUGCAUUACUGUUUCCUGGAUCUCAUCAACAGCAGCUGCAGGGAAUGGGCUCACACAGAUUACCAGUUGUGGGUAAAUUCUGGAAAGAAAAAGGAAGGAUAUCCCCUUGUUGGACACGAAUACCCAUACGGGAUACUGAUGAGUCACCUUCGAGACAGUGAACUCAUGAGAACAGGACCAAAGGGCACGACCAGCACUUUGACCUUCCAAGAGCUCUCCCUUAUGGAAGAUCUCCCUCCAGAAAUACAGUGCCGUUUCAGCCUCAAGCCAAAAUGUCGGGCUGCAGCCCAGCAACACCAAGAUUUGGAUCACAUGAUAUCUACAAGAACAUGUAUCAUCAACUGGGCCUGCUGCUGUCAUUCUGGCACUGAACUGGAGAACUCACCUGUGUCACCACCAUCUUCUUCUCCUGCCCCAGGGAAGAUCUUCGGAGUUGCCCUGCCGAACAUUUGCGACUAUGGCGAUAUUCCUUUACCUCUCUACGUAAGGCUCAUUUUCAUAGUAAAAUAA